AUGUNAAUAGGUACUUUUAGUGAUAGUAGAUUUCCAAUUAAUACUUAAAAUACUGAUUUUAGUUAAAAAAUUAAGACAAUUAUGGAUAAAUGUGAAUUAUUUGAAGAUGAACAUAAAAUAUCAAAUUAAAUAUUAAGAAAGAGAAUAAAUUUAAUGGGAAAAGAAUUGCAUUCAUAUUUUGAUACAGCUAGAAGUAGAUAUAAAAAUCAAGAUAUGGAAAUAGAUUCUAAUGAUGGAUUUGAUAGAUUUUUAUAAGAAAACUAAUUUAAAAGAAAAUUAAUAGAAUUUUAGGUUAGUUAAGUGUAAAAUUUACAUGAAGUACUUAGUCAAAAAGCCAAAAGAGAAUUAACUAAUAAUUUUAUGAGUUCUGAUUAAGAAAAGUAAAAAUUAUUUUGA